UCAUUUCACUUUUAUAACAGGGCAAAAACUAAUACUAGAAAAGCAGAGAAAAAGAAGGAGAGGAAGAGCACUCGGGCCCCCCCUUUACCUAAAGGAGCACUCAGGUGACUCACCCAGCAAAGAAGUGAAAACAUCAUUGACCUGGGAAUGGAAAUUUCACCUACAACCCCAUCAGUAUCUAAUCUGGAUUGUCUGAUCCUGAUUGAAAUGUUAAUAUUAUUCCCAGAAGCGUGACAGGCGGAUCCUGAAUGUACUAUGAUUAAAAUGAAGAUAGAUUACAUUCAAAUUAGUCAAAUGGAGAAAGGUAAAUCCAGGAAAAAAAACUUACAAAACACAUGAAAAUGAUGAUCCUAUAUCUCUAUCCCAAGCCCCAAUUAUGCAAAAUCUCAUGCUGUCCACUUUGAAAAAGCACACCAAUAAGCACUUUUUUAAGACCAAUGGGGAGAAGCUCCAGACACAAGGCAAUCCUCCCAGAACCACCACUCGCGUCAUCUAGAAGUCUCCUACUUCAAUUCAACCAUACCAUAAAAAAAAUGGAGUAUAAAGCAAGCUGCACAGCCACCAAGUGCCCUGAAAGAAUGGCUGCAAAAGCUCCUGUUGAGGUGGGCACGAGGGGCACUGUUGGAUCGCUUGUGAUGAAGGAAAUUGAGUAUUUCAGCAGGCUUGAAUUGGAUCGCCAUGGAAGUGGGAGCUCUCAGAGGUCUCAGGCACAUGUAGUGGAUGUGGCUUCCGGCAGUACUGGCCGUUCCAGGCAUAGGUUCUGGUUCCUGAUAAUGACAUGGAGAAGGAAAAAGAGGAGGAGCAGCAGAACCUUUCUACCAAGCAUCUGCUCUGUUGUGGAAGUUGCAGACAGCCACAGGCUGAACGGGAUUCCUGGAUUCAAUUACAGGAUCCUGAAGGAUGAUGUGAAGAACAUGCACUUUUGAGGCUACUGUUUCAGAGGGAGUCCUGGUUUCUUCUGGGUCCACACCUUCUUCAAUUUUAGAUUCCUUCUUGUCAGCUUCUAUUCUGUUAGAAGUUCCUUUUAAACCAUUCUAGUCAGAGUCAGGCAUCGAGAUCCGAUCAGCAGCCUUUUGGAUGUUUUCUCUUGUCUUUUAGGUCCCAUCUCUGUUACUGAUGCUCCCUUUACUGCUCACCUCAUUCAAGGACAAUCUUCUUAGCUGUAAUGUUAAUGCAGUAGGGAGACCAGUGGCAUAUAUCCUCCCUGAGAAGCAGACCUUUUCCGGGUUCUCUGUAGAAGAUUAUGUGUUCCAUGGAUCUCCAUUUCUGCAUUCUAAUGGGAGAUUGAUUGCCAUGGACUUCCAAAGCUGAUGAACCUCCAGGCAAGGUGCAGUGAGCCUAUGAAAAGCAGCAGCAACACUCACUCUGUACAUAACUGGCUUGUAAAUUUGAGAGCUUUACUAUAAUUCUGUUUCAGUUGGAGUGUAUGGUUUCUGAAUAAAAUCAACAGGUUAUCAAGGA